UUAACCCCCGUACAGGACGAAUCUGAUAAAGCCUGACUGAGAUCUGAAACACAGUUGAGUCUUGCAGAGUCUGUCUGUAUUUGGAUGAAUUGCAGCGUUAUUUUAUAAUCUCGAGUUCAUCGCGAGGAGCAGGAAUGUCCCGCAGGAAACAGAGCAAUCCCAAGCAAUUUAAACGGGUGUUUGAAAAUGGUCUAGAGACAGACUCUGAGGAGAAGAGAGAGAUACUGAUAGAAAAGGACAGGUCUGUUGAGAAAGAUUCACUGUUCCUCACUGAACCUGGGAGCAUCAACUGUAAAGAUAGAGAUCACUUGAUGAACGGUGAAAGGGGCGAAAAUUUAAAGGAUGAACAACAAGACAGUGAUGGACAUGAAGAGAAAGCCCCGACCAGCACACUAACACCAGAGGAAUGGGGCGGUCCAAGGGAUCUGAUUAUGGUGGAUGAGGAAGGAGAGAAAAGGAUUCGUUCUUGUCAGGCACUUUCACUGGGCACCACAUGGGGACCUUUCACUGGGAAGAUUAAGAUGACCACAGGAGAAAAUGACAUGGUUUCACCAGUGCUCAGCGGAUGUCCAAGUUGGCUUAAGGAUGUGAUGUGGGUCAACUCAGGGGAUGGCAGGAGCAACUGUGCAGUAUACAGCAAAGGAGAACAUGUAUGGUGCUCUACAACAAAAAACAUUACAGAGGGAGAUGAACUUACUGCUUAUGUGGUGGAUUUGCACUCUCAUCUUCAAACACCAGCCCAAUCUCCCUGUGGUCAAGGGAUGUAUCCGGCCCGACAGCUGGACUCCAUGCAACUUCUUCCUCAGCAAGCAGCCAUGGAAUCCAUACUGCAAGGUGCUAUCAUAAACAAAGACAUCUUUCCCUGCAAGGCUUGUGGCAUCUGGUUUAGAAGUGAAAGGAACCUCCAAGCACAUCUUAUGUAUUACUGCAGUGGGCGGCUAAGGGACCCCGAGAUGGCCACAGAGAAAAGCGCCAAUAUCAGCCAUCAAAUGCUCCGCAGUUGCACAUACCCACAAUGCAAUAUGAGCUUUGCAGGCUCCCAUGCCCUGGAAAUGCAUGUAUCCAAACAUAAUAGUUUCAAGUCAGAUGAGAACUCCACUGGAGGCCAAUUGAAAUGCACAAUUUGUGACUACACUGCUGAAACACUUAUGGUACUCCAGCACCACAUCCUUACCCAUCUGUCCCACACUGGCCUGAAAUGUGGUCACUGCCACUUCACGUUCCAAACCCCUAAAGAAAUUACCAAACACCAGGAGUUACAUGGCCAUGGCAGUACAGGCAACACACCCACCAAAGAAGACAAAGCUGAUAAAUCUCAUAGUAUCCAUAAAGGCAGCCCUCAACAAGGUAGAGCUAAUGCAGACAUGAAAGACCUUGAGGAAAGUGCUGACAGCGGUCCAUUAACUGAGCCAGAAACCAUAGAAAGUGUCCAGACAUCCUUUAAGAGUGAGGGCAACUCAGAAAACAAGGCCAGUGUUUCAUUUUCAAGAGUGAAGUCAGAGCCUUCAAGUCCCCGUUUGGCCUCUUCACCAAUUCAACACCACCUGCCUCCUGCCUUUCCCAUACCUCAUUUCAUGCCACAUGUCCCAUUUUCAAACGAUAUUACUGUGGGCCCCCAGGCAUCUCAGAUUUUGGCAAAAAUGUCAGAGUUGGUCCAUUGCAGGUUACGUCACCGAGUGAACACUUACCCACCAGUAAUGUACAGCACACUUGUGCCUAAAGGGGCAACUUGUUUUGAAUGCAAUAUCUCAUUCAAUAACCUUGAUAAUUAUUUGGUACACAAGAAGCAUUACUGCAACAGUCGCUGGGAACACACACCCAAGCUGCAUGAUUUUCCUGGACUUCUGGAUAAACCAGCAGGUGCUGUGAGUCCUAAACUUGGAGCUAGUUUGGCUGUUUUGCUAAAUGCUGGCCACCCCUCUGAGGUUAAAGGUUGUGAGUCCGUCCCUUUCAAUCCCACUGGAGGUGGAAAAGUUACAGAUGAGCUCUUAGCGCAGAUUAAGAAAUCUUCAACCUCCCCUGGUGCACCGGAGAAGCUGAAUGGCACACAGUUGGAUUUACAAAGCCCAAACAUGCCACCCACAGAAAAUGAUAAAGACCCCAAACAGACAACAUGUGAAGCCUGCAAGAUAACCUUUAGUCGACAUGAGACCUUCAUGGUGCAUAAGCAGUAUUAUUGUGCCACCCGCCACGAUCCUAACGUGAAGCGUGCUAACAAUAAAGGACCAGCCAAUCAGAAGAUGGUUCGUGCACGUAAAAGAAGAAAGGCACAUGAACUGGCAACUCCUGAACAAGAACAGAUGCAUCCUAUGGGUGUGCCAUCGCUUCUUGGUAUCACCACUCUCGGAGCUCCAUACAUGACAAAAGGCACAGUGGAGAGUUUCAGAGACCAACAGAGAUACACCAUGAUGCAAGGUCUAGUACCCAAAUAUCCAGAGGCCUCACUGACGAUAACAAAAUCAGCUCUUGUCUCAAAAUGCCCUAAAACAUGUAAGGAGGAAUGUGAUGUACCUAUAGAUUUGAGUAAAAAAUGCAUACCACAGUUUGGUAAUACUCCACUUUCACCCAAAGGACUCUUGGAUUAUCAUGAGUGUGCUGUGUGCAAGAUAAGCUUUAACAAAGUUGAAGACUAUCUUAAGCACAAACAAAACUUCUGCCCAGGGACCACUUUGCAAAAUUCGACCAUUGAUAACAAAAUCUGUGCAAACAUCAAAAUGGAAAGCCUGCGUAAUACUAGAAACCUCUCAGAGAAUGUUGCCUUUGAGAUCCCAGCCUUACAUGCAAAAACUGAGCAUUUAAAUGCAGGGGCAUCAUCUGACAGUGAAGACCACCUCAACCCAAUAAAAGAUGACCCAAAGAGCCUGUUUCAGCCUUCGAGCACUAAGAAAAUGAGACCAGAUGAACAAAUCUGGCCUUACUAUAAAAACAAACCCACAGAUUAUGCGACAGUGAUGCUUGUCACACAGAGCAAACAAAGACAAAGUCCUAAUGAAGGCAGUGAGGGGGAGAAGGAUCAGCCGAUGCCUCACGGUAGCCAUCUGAGCACAGAUGAGAACCAGGGCAAGAUGUCAUUCUUAAAUGAACUUAAUGACAAGUCAGGAGACACUGACAAUAAGCACAGUUCUCUUGCACCAGACAUUCACACAGACAGACCCAUCAGCCAUAAGGAAAGAACCACUUUGAUGCAAUCUCCACAAACCGAGGAGGACUCGACAAGCUUCAAGAAAGUAUUGACUGAGUCCAAUGCGGCCACUAGUAAUGUAAAGUACUGCCGCCCAUGUGACAUCCAAUUUAACAAUCUAUCAAACUUUAUAACACACAAGAAGUUUUAUUGCUCAUCACACACAGCAGAGCACGUGAAAUAGUUCUGAAGGCAUUCCACAUCCGUGCCAAAUGUUAGGAGCUCUCGAUUUUAGCUAUAGCACAAAACUAGAUGUGUGCCCCCAAAUACAAGGUGGUCACUUAAAGAUACUCUCUCUCUCUCAGAAAGUGGGCGCUCUCAAAAUGUUUGGUGUGCUCAAAUUGUGUCUGGUGCUAAGAGUUCAAGAGAAUAGCCUUAUGAAUUUAAAAAUAGACAAGAUUUGUUAAUGACACAUUGCAUUUGGUUUAAAUGUGAAAACCAUACCAGAAGCAACCGGUUUGAAAUAGUAUUCCUAAAUAAAGGAUAUUUAUUACUUACGGUCUAAACAGUUGGCUUUUAAUUAAGGGUGUCACGAUUCGUAUGAAAAAAAUGGAAUCGUCGAUGCUGCCACGCCCCCAUGUCAAGUGAAAUUAGGUCACAACCUCGAUCUUCGUAUGAAAAAAAUGGAAUCGUCGAUGCUGCCACGCCCCCAUGUCAAGUGUGGUUGGCUAGCCAAGCCGAAAAAAAAACACGUGUUGACUGUUGCAAGUCAACCUCCUCUAACUUUGCUAGCUACAGCCAGUUGAACGAUAGCAUGGCUAUCAUUGUAGAAACAUUGUAGCUUUAAGUUAUGAAAACAGCAUUUAAACAUGACUUAUUAGGGUCUCACAAUCUCGUUUGAUGGUAAUAAAAGCACGUUUUCUGUUGUUCAUCUGACAGGAAGUUUUUAUUUUAUCAGGUAUGUGUGUGUACCAUAUUUUUCCACUGGCAGUAAGACUUACAUGGCAGGGCAUCUCCAGGUUCCAGGUCAGAUAUUAUAUUUCAUAAAAGUCUAGUCUAAACAUGGCAUAGCAUUUUUUGUGCUUAAAAAAAAAUCGAUAAUAAAAUCGAACCGUGACCUUAGUAUCGGAAAAUGUAAUCGAAUCAAGGAUUUUGAGAACCAUGACAACCCUGUUUUUAAUUAACAAUAUUUUUAAGUCCCUGUAAAGUCAACCUUGAAAAUGUAUUGCUGAAACACUCCACAAAGACUAUAAACUAUGUAGUACUGAAUUGCAGAGUUAGAUCGCUAGACAGUUGUUUACCAUUUCUGUGUUCAGGAUUAUUUGGGCAGGGUUAAAAUGGUGCCUUAAAGAUUCACUUGAGCCACUUUUUUCCGUCAUUCAAAUUUGGUUGGGUGGUUAAUAAUAUCACAUGUUUCUGUGGUGAGACAAACGCAGAACACAUUUAAUAUCAGACUUUACAGGGACUUAAAAAUAUGUUUUGUGCAAUUUAAAGUGCACUUUGAGAGCCAUACAAUCUUUCAAUAUUAGAUAAUAAUUGAUAGGUAGAUUUUUGUUACCAGUAAUCCAAUUCCCCCAUUCAUAGUCAAAAUUGUAUUAAUGUGGCAUUAUAUAGUUGAAUUAUUAAAGAUUGUUGACUCAGUGUUUAUUGGUUGACAAGACCUCCAGAUAGAGUUCACUCUUAACCAAUGAGAUUUUAUGUAUGAAGCAGGAUUUUCAUUGGUCCGUUGUGUCAUCCUAUUUUAAAUAAAGCAAUGGGACACACUUUGGGUGCACAAACACUCUGAGCAAUAGCACAUCCAAGACAAAGAGAGCAGAUAGAUUUGCGAUCAUAUGUCACACAGUUCCGAGUAUGGACAAAAAAAAAUCAAAAGCAAACAUAUUUGAGAGCCCACAUCCAGUUUUCACUUUGAAAAAUGUGUGCUUGUUCUUUACAUGGAUGUGCUCUCGCAUUACAUUUGUCAACUCUUGACAUUUGUAAGUAUAAUAACAGGAUACCAUCCUCCAACAUUCAACUGUUUAAGGACACAUAGUGAGCUCCUUUAUCACAGUGCCCAACACAACCCCUUUUUUUAAACAGCCGGUUUAUUUGAGUCUUCUGGCCAUCCUUUGCAAAGACUGAACAUGCCCACCGGUUCUCUUCAAAGUCUCCAACUAUUCAAUUAUCAAAUUUCACAAUUAGUAGUUUUUCCCUUAUAAUCACUUACAUACAACAUUUAUACAGUUCUGUGUUGGUUUACACAGCAGCAGGCGGACAAUCAAAUCAGCAGGUUUAAUCUGUCAUUUCAUAAUAGAUGUUUUUUAUAUAUUUGUUGGGUAUUGUGUGUUAAUACUUUGUGUGUUUAAGUAUUUACUUAUUUAUUUAUUAAUAGUUCCAGCUCUAAGUGAUGCAGAUUUGUAAUUAAAACAAGUUUACAAACGUUGUCUUUUAUAUGUCUUAUUUAGAAAAACAGAAGGAAGCCACAUAAAUAGUAAAACAAUGGUGAAAAAUCUACUAAAAGUAAUAAUGGAGCAACCUUUGCUUUGUCAAAUGUCUCAAAAAAAUCCUCAAGUACUGGCAAGUUUUUUUUCUUCUUCUGAAUAAUCAUCAAUACAUGUAAAGUCUAGUUUGUCCUUGAUGUUUCUUUAUGCUUCGGUAUGAUUUUUCUUGUUGAACAAAAGUCUUCUUAAAAAGGUGACCUGUAUGUGUUUGUUGAUUCCUGGUCUCUUUUUAAAUAUUUGGCGUCAAAUGCCAUACUUUUUAAAAUAUGAAACAUUUAAAAGCAGUAUUUCAAAAGGUAGCUUUUAUACAUGGACCACGGAAAAUGUCUGUAAUGCGUUUACAGAAUUUUUACUGUAAGUUUAAGGUUUACAUUUGGUAAGGAUGAGACCUUGUAACAUUUGCUAA